AUGGCCAGGGUCUCGAUCGAUCUCGCAAAGGUUUAUACCGAAGACACCGCUCAGGAUGUCGCUCUCGAGUGUUCUAUAAAGGCCGCUCUCGAUGUCAACAAUAAAGCUACCAUAUUUGGCUCUGAUGAUGAUCAGCAUGAGACCGGAAAUUCAAUUGAGGUCGCUUCUGAAUCUCAGGAUGCCGAUAUUCAGGGCGUAAUGAACCCUGAAGUCGGUACACCUCAGGUCGCUAUCCAAGUGCCGUCAUCCAAACGCGCAAAAUAUCUCUCGACGGAAUACCCAUACCUCUCUCUAGAUAAUGAGACGCAGCACUCGGGCUUCCUCGAUAUGGCCAAGAUUUUCGGCCCACACCCCGAUCGGCUCGAUUUCACAUUCACCGCAUCGUGGUACACGGGCCAGUACUCCACGAUUUCCAUCAAGAUCAACGGAGCUACCACCUCCGGUCAGAGAUAG